UUAUCAAUGGCAAUGAUUUAAUUAAACUAUCUUCUAUUCGUCGUUUGAUCCAUUCGAAAAAUCAUUACAAACUCACCAUUAUGAAAUAUUUGUUUUAUUUAUCGAUUAUAUUGAUUUUAUUGAAUAACAGGUCAAAUAUCAUGCAAUUGUAUCGAUCGUAUUCACAAUCAAAAUGUUUAAUUCCUUUACCGGAUAUUUUACAAAAUGCAUUAGUUCCAGCUAAUGAUUGUAAUUUUUGUAUUAAUCUUACACGAAUUGAUCGUGUUCAUUCCAUUAAUCCGGAAAUUUUUUCUCAAAGAUAUGCAUACACAAAGGUUCCUGUAGUAAUCACUGAUGCUAUGGUAAAUUGGUCAGCUCCACACGUUUUUAAUUUUGAUUUUUUCAAACGACUUUAUCACGAUCAUCAUGAUCAUCGAAAACGAAAAAAUUGUCAAUUUUUUCCAUAUCGAACAGAAUUUCGUUCGUUGGAUGAAGUUUUUGAAAUGCAUCCUUUACGAUCGAAUUAUACACCGGGAACAAAACCUUGGUAUAUUGGCUGGAGUAAUUGUGACUAUCGUAUUGCUAAUGAAAUUCGUAGUCAUUAUACGAAGCCGUAUUUUCUUCCUGCAAAUUCAGAAUCAAUUCGUACCGAUUGGAUAUUUAUGGGAACGCCGGAUUGUGGUGCACAUAUGCAUAUUGAUCAUGUUGGUCGUCCAUCAUGGCAAGCACAGAUUAAAGGAACGAAACGUUGGUUUCUUGAACCACCAUUGGAAUGUUAUCCCGAAUGUUUAGAUUUAACAAUAGAUGUUAAACAAGGAGAUAUCAUUGUAUUGGACACAAAUAUAUGGUAUCAUAAAACAUUAAUCAUUGGCGAUAAAAUCAGCCUAACGAUUGGAGCUGAAUAUGAUUGAAAUUGGUUUUUUAAACAUUUCGUUCAUAUCAUUAAAUUAUAUUAAAGAAUUGAGCUGCUCUCUAACAU